AUGCAGUGUGAGUGGCUGCGAAUCCCCCGAGCGAUUCCCGCGUCCCAGGGCGGCCUCGGGAAGCAGGAGGGUGCGAGCGCUCGCUGCUCCCCCGGCCUCCCCCCGGCCGGGCUCAUUCCGAUCGGCAGUGUAAUUGGAAUGCGACCGCAGGCUGGAGGAGGAAGGGGAAUUUUUGUGAAGAAUCAGUAUCUUUAUUAUGUAUUUCUUGUCUUUUUUUUUCUUACAGUACUGUGUGCAAAAAACUUGGUGAAAAAGGACUUUUUUCGACUUCCUGAUCCAUUUGCUAAGGUUGUGGUGGACGGAUCUGGCCAAUGCCAUUCUACAGAUACUGUGAAGAAUACACUUGAUCCAAAAUGGAAUCAGCAUUAUGACCUAUAUAUUGGGAAGUCGGACUCAAUAACAAUCAGUGUGUGGAAUCAUAAGAAAAUACAUAAAAAGCAGGGAGCUGGUUUUCUGGGUUGUGUGAGACUUCUUUCAAAUGCAAUCAACCGCCUUAAAGACACUGGUUAUCAGAGAUUGGAUCUGUGCAAGCUUGGGCCUAAUGACAACGACACUGUUAGAGGACAGAUAGUAGUAAGUCUUCAGUCCAGAGACCGAAUAGGCACAGGAGGACAAGUUGUGGAUUGCAGUCGUUUGUUUGAUAAUGAUUUACCAGAUGGGUGGGAGGAGCGGAGGACUGCUUCUGGAAGGAUCCAAUAUUUAAAUCAUAUUACACGAACAACGCAGUGGGAAAGACCAACACGGCCAGCCUCUGAAUAUUCCAGUCCAGGAAGACCUCUAAGCUGUUUCGUGGAUGAGAACACUCCAAUUACAGGAACGAAUGGUGCAACGUGUGGGCAGUCGUCAGACCCGCGAGUGGCAGAGAGAAGAGUCAGGUCACAAAGACACAGAAAUUACAUGAGCAGGACACACUUACACACUCCUCCUGAUCUACCUGAAGGAUAUGAGCAAAGAACUACUCAGCAAGGUCAGGUCUAUUUUCUACAUACUCAGACUGGUGUUAGCACGUGGCACGAUCCAAGAGUACCUAGGGAUCUUAGCAACAUCAAUUGUGAAGAGCUUGGUCCACUGCCUCCUGGAUGGGAGAUCCGAAAUACAGCGACAGGCAGGGUUUAUUUUGUUGACCAUAACAACAGAACAACGCAGUUUACGGACCCACGGCUAUCUGCUAACUUGCAUUUAGUCUUAAACCGCCAGAAUCAGCUCAAAGACCAGCAGCACCAGCAGCAGCAGCAGGUUGUGGCCUUGUGUCAGCUUCCCGACGAGGCCGAAUGUCUCACGGUGCCAAGGUACAAACGGGACCUCGUGCAGAAGCUCAAAAUCCUGCGGCAGGAGCUGUCACAGCAGCAGCCUCAAGCCGGCCACUGUCGCAUUGAGGUCUCCAGGGAAGAGAUUUUUGAGGAAUCCUACAGGCAAGUCAUGAAGAUGAGGCCUAAAGACCUGUGGAAGCGGUUAAUGAUAAAAUUUCGUGGGGAGGAAGGCCUUGACUAUGGAGGUGUUGCCAGGGAGUGGCUCUACUUACUGUCCCAUGAAAUGCUGAAUCCAUAUUAUGGUCUCUUCCAAUAUUCCCGAGAUGAUAUCUACACACUGCAGAUCAACCCCGACUCUGCAGUUAACCCGGAACACUUAUCGUAUUUCCACUUUGUUGGCCGGAUAAUGGGCAUGGCCGUGUUUCACGGUCACUACAUCGAUGGGGGCUUCACGUUGCCUUUCUACAAGCAGUUGCUGGGGAAGCCAAUUACUUUGGAUGACAUGGAAUUGGUUGACCCUGAUCUUCAUAACAGCUUAGUCUGGAUACUUGAGAAUGAUAUCACAGGAGUCUUGGACCAUACAUUUUGUGUAGAACACAAUGCAUAUGGGGAAAUCAUUCAGCAUGAACUGAAACCCAAUGGCAAAAGCAUCCCAGUAACAGAGGAAAAUAAAAAGGAAUAUGUCAGACUUUAUGUAAACUGGCGAUUUUUACGAGGAAUUGAAGCUCAGUUUCUGGCUUUACAGAAGGGAUUUAAUGAAGUAAUCCCACAACAUCUGCUGAAGACAUUUGAUGAGAAGGAGUUAGAGCUCAUCAUCUGUGGACUCGGAAAAAUAGAUGUUAAUGACUGGAAGGCAAAUACUAGGUUAAAACACUGUACCCCAGAUAGCAACAUUGUGAAAUGGUUCUGGAAAGCUGUGGAGUUUUUUGAUGAAGAAAGGAGAGCACGACUGCUCCAGUUUGUGACUGGCUCCUCCCGAGUGCCUCUGCAGGGCUUCAAGGCUUUACAAGGUGCUGCAGGUCCACGGCUAUUUACAAUACACCAAAUUGAUGCCAGCACUAAUAAUUUGCCCAAAGCUCAUACCUGCUUUAAUCGAAUAGACAUUCCUCCCUACGAAAGCUAUGACAAGCUCUACGAGAAGCUGCUAACUGCCAUUGAAGAAACAUGUGGGUUUGCUGUGGAAUGACCCUUCACAGCCUUACCUGAGACUCUAUUUAUACUCCUGUCAGCCAGAAAGCCCUUCCCUCAGACAAGACUCAAGAAAUGCUUGAAAUACAGGAAACUUUCCCUCUUCUACACUAGGACACUGUGAGGGAAAGGACAACUUUGGAUUUUUUUUUUUUUCAAGAAAAUAGGUUCUGUGGCUCUUGCCAGAGAAUCAUUCAGCUGCUAUUAAAAACUAAUAUCUUGAACAUACAGAAUGCUGACUUUUCCUACAUUUCAACUGUUAAGCAGUAUUCUAUACUUAAAGACUACUACUAUUUUUGUAAAAGGUAAUCUAUUAUAUUUGCCUACCUGAUUUCUAUUCUCAGAUACCAAGACACAACUUCAGCAGUCGGUACAAGUCACGUUUCAGCCUGGUUUAAGUGUAACAUACUGAAGCAUCUAUACCUGCUAUUUUUUGGAAAAAAAAUAUUUUGGAUUAUUCUAACUUUGCAUAAAAUUGGCUGAAGAAAUCAGUAAUCUUUUUAAUUAAAGCCACUUACAUGUUAACUGCAUUUUCUUAUAGUAGAACAUUAUAUUCUGCAAUGUAAAUUCAACAUAAAUGUUACCACAGGGGGCUUUUUUAUAUUUUUCAAGCAUGAAUUACAAAUAUGAUGUUUUUGGGUCCUAUUUAUAUCACUUGUCAGAUUCCUUAAAACAAAAUUUCUAGUCUGAGUGGCACAUACUGUAUUUGGUACAGUACUUGUGUUAACAUGUGGGAUAGACCUUUCUAAUUAAUGGUAGACUUUUUUUUUUAAACAGCAUUUU